AUGAGGAACCACUGUCUGUUUCUGGUAUCUUCUCUCUUCAUUGUUACUUUUCUCCUGUUAAUUCCUCAAGGUUUCUGUGGACAAAUCAUUGGUGGCCAUGAAGUCACUCCUCACUCAAGACCCUACAUGGUUCUAAUUAAAUUAGGCAAGGAAGAGAUUUGUGGUGGAGCUCUGAUUGAAAAAAACUGGGUGUUGACUGCAGCUCACUGUACUACAAAAAGCAGGAUCCAGGUCUUCCUUGGAGCUCAUGCAUGGAACAAAAUUGAACUAAGAAGACAGAAAAGAAAAGUUAAAAAACAAAUCCCCUAUCCAUACUAUAAUAAAGGCACACAUGAAGGUGACCUUCAGCUUCUACAGCUAAACAAAAAAGCAACAAUUAAUAAAAAUGUGCAGCUCCUUCCUCUACCGAAAAUGUUAAAUGACGUGAAGCCAAACACAAUGUGUCGAGUUGCAGGAUGGGGAAUAACUCAAAAUAAUGCCAACAAGUCCUCCAACACUCUGAGAGAAGUCAAUAUAAUGGUCAUAGACAGAAAAAUUUGCAAUGAUCCAGAGCACUAUAACUACAAUCCUGUAAUUGGGAAAAACAUGAUUUGUGCUGGAGACCUUAAAGGAGGAAGAGAUUCAUGCAAUGGAGAUUCUGGAAGCCCUCUGAUAUGUGAUGGUAUUUUCAGAGGCAUCACUUCCUUUGGCAUGCCAGGGAAAUGUGGAGAUCGUAAGGGACCAGGCAUCUAUACUCGUCUCUCACAGAAGUACAUCGACUGGAUCAUUACAACCAUGAGGGGGGAAGUGUAG